AUGCAGCCGUUUUACCCGGCCAAAGUUCCUCCACGAUACAUGACCUCCGACAUCAGUUUUCCCACUUUCGGAGAUGUUCCUGAUAUAACUCAGCUCGCCGAAGGUCAAAAUGAACCCUCGCGACCAGUCAGGUCCUUGAUAAAAUCAAAUCCAAAGCCAAAUUCGAACUUCAACUUGAACUUGGAUUUGGGCCUGGACUUACCAGCAAACAAGAUGUUCCUCGAAUCCCACAUCAACGCCUACUUCGAAUAUAUCAAUCCCAUUCCGGCGUACAGCUUCAUACACAAACCCUCCUUCCUCCGGAACUUCCAUCGCAAUAAACUCGAUUCACUAUCCCUUCGCUGUGUCUGUGGAAUCGCCUCUCGUUUCCUUCAAAGAAGUAAUCCACACCAAGAUUACGUGUCCGAAUGGCUGAAGGAGGUCGAAGGGCGGAUGUGGCCCAGAAUGGCUGAAAUGAAAAUAGAAAAUCUACAAAUUCUCCUGCUUCUCAUCUGCUGGUACUCACUGGAUCGGAAGAUUUCGAAUAUGUGGACAUCUUCGGCCAUGGCAGCAAGGGUCGCCUAUGGGAUGCGUUUGAACUAUGAGAGCACCGGCCCGAUGCCCUUCAUUCCCAAAGAGGUUCGACGUCGCAUGAUGUGGUCUAUCUUCAUGUUGGACAAAUUCUACUCCGGGGGGUUUGCAGAAUUGACCCUUUGCAAUGCGAGCACAAUGCAUCUCAAUUUGACAUGCGAGGAAAGGAAUUUCGAGCUAGAUAUCCCUACCACUACGGCAACCUUGACACCCACUUCUUCUUCAGGGACUUUGGAGUCUGGAAUCGGCUUGAUGGGCCAUAUGUCUAGACUUGUCAAAAUACGCAACGAAGUUCUGGAGGUGACGAAGCGAAUUAUCUCUUCAAAAGAAAGUCCCUACGCAGCGAAGAAAACCAUCCAAGCCCUCGACGCGAACCUCCUUGAUUUCGCCCACUCCCUACCAACUCAUCUCCAAAAUAACAAACGCAACCUACUAUCUCGUGCCUACACGACCGAGCUAACUGGCUAUAUAACCCUGCAUUCUCUCUGGAUACAAUGUCACUGUGACUUAUACCGAAUGAUGAUCCCAGGGAUUCGUGAAUCGGUGCCGGAACUCAUCCAGCGUGACGUCCCAUUCGACUAUGCGGAGGAGUGCAGGGAGCUCUGCCUACAAUAUGCGACCGACAUGUGCAGACUUUGGUCCGAUACACAGUUAGAAUGUGAUAUGUCCAGGAUUACGGACCAGUCGCUUGGUAUCUAUGCAUACCAGUGCGCAAAUAUACUCGUCAGGUUGUGGGACUUGGAUGCCGAUAACUCGCUGCGCGAUUGUUUGGUGAUACUUACGAAUUUCUUGGAAAGGCUGGCGGAUAUUUAUCAGGUUGUUGCAGAAAUCCAAUUUGAGAUAAAUGGCUUUAUCGGCAGUCUUGAUGUUGUUACCAAUUUCUACGCGACACGCAGUGACGAACUUUCCUCUCAGUCGCUUACUGAAAUCUGGAGAUCUUCUCUCAAGCAGCAAAGUGCCCAGGAAGAACAGACGACAUCCAGGUUUUCGCUAUUGGAAUUCUUACAGCAGCAGAAUAAGUCCGACGGGUCGGAGGAAUAUCCAGAUGCAGUUGAGCCUUCCGGCGAUGGUGAAGAAAAUCCGCACAUGCGGGCUGAUGAAGGUCUCCAUUUGGAUGUCGACAUAGCUUCGGUUGAACAAACUGAGGAAUUAAGCAACGAUUUUUGGUCGACAUCUCUAAACAUGGAUUUUGAUAGCUAUGAUACGCGUGUGGAUCCCUUCUGUCGAAUGUUCGAUGACUGGGCCUUGGUUGAACCAUAG